AUGAUCCUCCCCGCAGACAGCAUGAGCGCCGUGCAGUACCGGAGGAGCCCACCGCGCGCUGGCUGGGCGGCUGCAGGCUCAGUCCAGAGUAAGGUGCUGCCCAAGAUGAGCUCCUCAUCGCUGCUGGAGGACAGCUCCAUAGAUCCCCCGGUGCUGCUGACCGACAUCAAGACAGAGCCCCCCGAAGAGCUGCUGGCCAGCGACUGCAACCAGCCCCAGGCCGAGCCAGUGGACCUGUCACUCAACAAGCCCAAGGUGUCGCUGCAGUCCUCCACCCUGCUGCCCUCCUCCAUCAGGUCCUCGCCCAUGCUGGUGGCGCCGCCCAUCCAGGCCCCUGUGGUCUCCAUGUCACCCACGGGGCUGGGCUCUUCUUCUGCCAUCCCCGCUGUGCUGUCUCCUGGCUCCAUCCUGGCCUCCACGCAGGGUAGCGGGGGCCAGCAGAUCCUGCACGUCAUCCACACAAUCCCCUCGGUCAACCUGCCCAGCAAGAUGGGCAACUUGCAGACCAUCCCAGUGGUGGUGCAGUCCCUACCCGUGGUCUACACCACGAUGCCCACAGACGGGGUCACCGCUGCCAUCACUGUGCCCCUCAUCGGCGGCGAUGGCAAGAACGCCGGAUCCGUGAAAAUUGACCCCAGCUCCAUGUACCCCCUGGAGAUGAACAGCGACAGCGAGGACAGCGUCACAGAGAGCAGCUCAGCCCCCUUCCAGGACCUGCAGAGAGAGUCGCGGUCGCCUGUGGCCCGGAUGCAGCGGGCUGAGUCCCCCGACUUGAAGAAGAGGCGGAUUCACCAGUGUGACUUCGAGGGCUGCAACAAGGUGUACACGAAAAGCUCCCACCUCAAAGCACACAGGAGGAUACAUACAGGAGAGAAGCCGUACAAAUGCACCUGGGAAGGCUGCACCUGGAAGUUUGCCCGCUCCGACGAGCUCACCCGGCAUUUCCGCAAGCACACGGGCAUCAAGCCCUUCCGCUGCUCAGACUGUGACCGCAGCUUCUCGCGCUCGGACCACCUGGCCCUGCACCGCCGGCGGCACAUCAUGAUGUGA